AGAAAUAGCAACAAAAGUCCUUUCCCAUUAUGGUUACAGCAUUAUUCCUUGCAUCUUAUUCGCUCCUUCCUUAUCUUUCCUUUUAUAGCCUCUAUCUUGGGACGAAUCUAAGGAAAACAAAGAACAUCAAAGAUUAGAGAUCAUUAACCAUCGUCAUGGUGCGAGGGAAGACACAGGUGAGACGGAUCGAGAACGCCACCAGCCGGCAGGUAACGUUUUCCAAGCGCCGGAAUGGGCUUCUUAAGAAGGCCUUCGAGCUCUCCGUCCUCUGCGACGCCGAGGUCGCCCUUAUCGUCUUCUCCCCUAGAGGGAAGCUCUACGAGUUCUCCAGCUCCAGCAUGGAAAAGACGAUCGAUCGUUACAUAAUGCACGCAAAAGAUGUUAACAUCAACAAGAAAUCAAGAGAGCAUAAUGCACAACAGUUGAAGUCUGAUGCUGCAAGCUUGAUGAAGAAGAUUGAACGGCUUGAAGCUUCUAAAAGAAAGCUCUUGGGUGAAAAUUUAGAAUCAUGUGCAAUUGAGGAACUGCAUGAUCUAGAGCUCCAGUUAGAGCAAAGCCUAAGCAGCAUCAGAAAUCGGAAAUAUCAAAUGCUCGAAGAGCAAAUCUGUCGGCUAAAAGAAAAGGAAAAGAUCCUCACUGCUUCGAUACAAGAAAAGUUAAAUGCAGAACCUCGGCUACAGCUAUGUGCUCCUGCUGUUUCUGAUGAUUAUGAUAGUCAGAAUACAGAUGUAGAGACAGAGCUGGUAAUUGGUAGGCCAGGGACUUGCAAGGUCAAGUGAUUCAUGUUAUCAUCACCGGCGCCUGCAUCUAUGGAUUAAAUGGAUUCACAUAAAUAUAAAUGCCCAUGGAAAAUAAGAGUACAUCAACUGUGUUAUUUUGUGAAAGAUUGUAAAAUCCAAAGAGCAUGAAGUGGAUUACCUAAUUAUUACCUACAUUAUCCUGUAUGAAUAAAUAGGUGGAUAUUUCCUAUCUGUCCAAGAUUGGAUUGAACUUGUCUUUUAGUUAUGUUACUGAAUGGUUGAAUUGUUUGUAUUGUUCAUGGUUGUCUCAGGAUAAAAUGCAUUGCUCAAACUCUUA